AUGCGCAUUAGCAUCGUAGCUGUAGACCCGGACAACACAGCUGGUCCAUGGCGGACUGUACACACUAGAGACGGGAGCAGUGCACACAACCACCCUCCCUCGAGUGAUGUACGUGUUCACGCAGCGCACCAGCAAGCAGCACGGAAGACAACAACAACUUCAGUUUCAACGGGCGACUUAGUGAAGGUACAGACCAUGGCCGGCGUCUUGACGUCUCGCAUCUACGCUACUAUGCUCAUCCAGGAUGAGGCUACGAUGUUGAUCUCCAAGGACAUCGCCAACGCGAAGGCUGCGAUUCGCUCUAAGCUGCUUGCAAACAGAACAAGCAAUAAAGCUCUGUUCAAGAUGCUCGACGAUAAAGGGUUUUACUACUGCUACGAAAUCGAUCCGGAUUCCAACCGCCUCAUCUAUUUGAUUGCAGUUAUAGUAACGGGCUUAAACACCAUUCUCCCGUUUGCCCAGAUUUGGCUUCCUGGGGAAGCGGAACCUGAUUUUACCUGGGCUCUGACAACACUCAAGACCUUCAUGACGGAGCAGAUAUGCUCUAAGAUGAUCUGCUUUUGGCACAUUCGUCACAACGUCGUAGCCCAAGCUCAGAAAAAGAUCGGUAAUGGCAGUACUGUAGCCAACGUAAAUGGAAUGCAGCGGAAGAAAAAAAUUACACUCGAGAUGGACAUUUUCAUGGCAAAGUUUGAUGAGACCGUAGAUUCAACUACAGAGGACGAAUUCGAGGAGAGACGACUAAACAGUGCGAUGGGCAAGUACCUGGAUGCUCAGUGGUGGCCACAUAGAACCAAGUUUGUACGGUGUUGGACGGAUCAGUACAGCCAAUUUGGAUGUAGAGACACAUCGACGGUCGAGGGUAUGCAUGCUACAAUGAAAUUUUGGUUUGACAACUCACAAGGUGAUAUCCUUAACGUCUUUAUGAGCCUCCUUCUAUGGUGGAGUCACGCUGCAUCACGAACCAGUCUAAAAGCGGCCAACGACGAGUCCAAUAUUCCUACUCUAUUUCGCAAGAACGACAGCUACUCAGCCGUCGUGAAGAUUAUCACCACUUAUACCUUGAAGAAGACCGAUAAAAUCUGGGCGAAAGCUCGUGCCAUUGUUGUUCAGAAUCUUGACAGAAGUGUAUGUGACGGUACAUUCCGGCGGGAACAUGGCCGCCCGUGCAUUCACGACCUCAUAACGAUCAUCGAGUCCGAUGGGCCGAACGUGAAGCUAAGGCCUGAACAGUUUGACAGGUAUUGGUGGCUUCCUAGCGCUCGCAGCUGUGAUACUGAAAGCGUUCUAGAACCAGCAUCACGUCGUAGCGGUCGCCGUUUUACCGCCCAGCAAAGGUCUCAUCAAGCCGGCUACGAAGCCUACAGUACACGUCGAGAGCUGUCGGGCUUUGAAAUUAUCGAGCAGAACUUAGCAGCAGAACGGGUGCACGCUGCACACGUGCUAUCGUUUACUGAGCUGCUCCAAAAUGAAGAUACGGUUCCGUAA